AUGGAUAAAGGGCUACUGCAAUCCGUUUUUCAACCAGAUACAGCAUCUCCAUCGGGAUAUGUCCUAAAUGAAUUGGCGAAUUCCAGCUUUAACCAAAUAGAUGGAUGUAGUUUUUUGGUAGACUAUUUAAUGCGCAAAUUAAAGAAGGAUGAUCCAACAACUAAAUUUAAAUCUUUACGUAUUAUUAAGCAUAUUUGUGAUCGUGGAAGCCCUGAAUUUCGUCAUAUUGUACAACGUCAUAUACAUCAAAUUAGACUAUGUCAGAAUUAUCGUGGACCAAUAGAUCCUCUAUAUGGAGAUUCUUUAUCUGAAUUAGUUAGAGAAGAGGCAUGUAGCUGUCUAAAUUUAAUCUAUAAUAGUGGCACUAGCAAUAGUAAUAGUAUAUACAAAAAAGUUAAUUCUAACUAUAAUAACUCAGUAUUAGCAAAUGAGCAUGCUAAGCCCAACGAUAGAAAUCAUAUGAAUAGCAAUGAAUCUGUUAGAAUAAAGAAUUUAAGUAGGAGAAUUGAGGGAUUUGGAAAUCAUUACUUCUCAAGAGAUAUCGGUGGAAUUAAUAGUGAUAAUAGAUAUCUUUCUAGUUAUGGCUACUACACUUCAAAGAUUGAAUCCAGUAAUAAUGUUAAAAAUAACUUCACGAUUCAUAACAUUUCCCAAAUUGGAAAUUCAAUACUUGUCAAUACUCAAAGUGGUAACUUUGGGCAGGUAAUAGGAGACUUAUCAGAUGUUAUACUGAAAGUAAUACCAAGCAAGAUGAUUGAUAGCUUUUCAAAAUAUUGUAAAUCUGCUAAUAGUAAUCAAGAGUUUAGUGGGAGUGCUUCGAAUUUCAGUAAUAAAUUCCCUGUGUCACAUAGUAGAAAAGAUUCCUCAACUUUCCAGCAAACUGCUAUGAGUUCAUCAAGUGAAUUUAAACCACCAUUAACUAAUAUCAAAGAUUCGAGAGGUAUUUGGGAGACACCAUCUACAACUCAAUCCUCUAAGUGUCUAAGUUCUUUCAAAUCACCAGAAUUUACUGAGGCGAAACUAACUUCAAUUCCAAAUAUACUUGAAAAGAAUUUGAUUGAUAGUUUUUGCUCACCAUAUGGCUUAAAAGUGGCUCCAUCACAUGAACUAUUACAAGAAUAUGUCCAAAAAUCUGUCAAGUUGGAUAUUUGUGUGGUGAUAUCCAAGUUGCAUGAAAGACUAGAAUUAUAUAUAGAAUCUUCAAUCGAAUGGAAAGUUGUAUAUCGAAUAUUAUGUCUUUAUACUGCAUUACUUGAGAUGAAUGAACUAAGUAAAACAGCUUUAAUAGAGUAUGUGUUUAAUAAUGACUCGAAUUUUAUUGAAUUACUAAAAUCCAUUAACGAAGACUAUCACCCAAUGUGUUAUAGAAAAUCUCAACAACUGCAGCAGUUACUAAAUAAAUCAAAUACACCUCAAUUCUCAAGUGAAUUUCCUGAUAAAUCAGAAGAUCUCUUAGAUUUAACAUCUAAGGAUGAUAAUAUUUUUAAGAAAGGAGUAAAUUGUUCAGUAAGUAAAUUGUUUGGUAACUUGUCCAUUAAAGGUAUACAACCCAGAAAAUAUAGCCAACAGGAAAAUACACAGACCACAAAUAAUUCCUUAAUUGACUUAGAGUUUUAA